AGCGUCAAAAACGUUUUCAAUCCGUAACCUUUCUUUCUCCUCCGCAUUAUUAAAACCCUUUCAUUCUCUUUUAAAUUCACCUUUUCCUUCACCAUUUUUUCAUUCUUCAGAUCCCAAAUUCUCAUUCAUCAGAGAUGUGUUGCGGAGGUAGAGUCUGCAUGCUAUGCACGUGCUUGAUCAUGAUUGUGCUCGUCAUCGGCUUUCUCUUCGGAUUCGGUGUUUUCAAGCAUGGAUUUCAUAAAAUCAAAGAUACUGUUAGUUACUGCGACUCUUGCGGCGGCGUUGGCGGUGGAGGACGGCCAUUCUUAGGUUAUGCGCCGCCGCCAUUUUACUAGUUCAGUAUUGUUCUCUUAUUAUUCUCUUGUUUCCGUUUUUUUCUAGGUAAUUUUUUUAUUUUUAUUUUAUUUUAUAUUAGGAUUGCUAUUUGUAAUUAUCCGUUUAUUUGGAUUCGUGUUGAUUUUUUUAUUUAAUAAAGUAUCUUUUGUUCUAGUUAUUAAUCACUGUUUUAAAAUGCAUAAUCUUAUUCUCAUUCUAAUUCA